AUGGAAGGACCUAGCGAGACUAUUGAACUAUGUGAAGAAGAUGAUCGCUUAUAUGGGGACGAGAUCAAGUCGCUUUCUGAGAGGGAACAACAAUUAUUUAAAUUAAGAUUGCACAGACGACGGAAGCGGGAGGCUGACAAGUUGGUUACGUUGUCCCCUGAUCUCACAGAAGAAGCACUGACAAAUGCGCUUAAUAAAGAGCUUGAAGCAUACUUAACUUCUAAUGAACCUAUUAUAAUAUUUGCGAAAACAGUGUGGAAUUCUGUCCUAAUGUACUUUAAAGCUAAAGAUGGUUCGAAUUAUAAAGUAAGUUGACUUGUUUAUUGUAUUAUGUUUUUAGGGACAGAUUGUUGACUACUUCACAAACCAAUUCCUUCCACAAAUGUUAUCCAAAAUGACACAACAUGCUGACCAAGAACUACUGAGAAAUUCACUAAUAGAAAGAGAGUUUUAUGUAAUAAUGAUGCUUCAGACGUUAACUCAAAGGCCUUGUUUAUAUGAAAAGCUUAAAGUAAGGUGUAGUAAAUUUUAAUAACUUUAAAAGUUAAUUCCUAUUUUGAGGUUUAUCUAUCUUAUGGGUUCCCCAAGCCGCCUAAAACAAUUUAUGGACGAAGUGCUGUGUGAUGAGUAUGUUAAGUCAUUUUUAUAUUCAGUGUGUUUGUGUAUCCUUGUUUAUCUCGGUUUAUUUCAGAUUCUUCUUAACAUUGCCUUACUACUUGGUUGCUUUAUAUGAAGAUCUAGAGAUGACAGCUCCACUAGACUUGGCCAAGUACCGUUCGACAGAAUAUGUAAUGGAAGUAUUUAAUGACUUUGAGCCUUCUGCUAGCCGUCUUUUAAAUAUACUGAGCACUGUUGCCUUGAUGAGAGAAGGUGAGGAUCUGAAUACCUUGAAUCCAGCAAGUGACACCUUGAACAAUUCAUUUAUGGAGUCUGCUAAAGCUGGCUCGAUAGCUGGCUCAGCGGUGACUCAACGACCAGCUCGAUGUGUUCUAGAAACUCCGACUAAACAGACAAUUGAGGUUGCGGACAACGGCAUUGUCGAGCAGACUCCUAUACGACAGAUGACCAAGACCAACAACCUGGCGGCCAUGGGGGACCUGCUAGCGUCCAAGAAGACAGACUCCAGAAAACGGAAGGCUCCAGAUACGAAUCCCGGUUCUACGAAGAAGACCAAGCUGAACAUUGCCUCAGUCUUUUCCAGUUUUUUAUGA